AACACCCUUUUCUGAAAAAAGCCCUUUGGCGCCACUGUACCUCGCCCAGUGUUAGACGCCCCAGUCUAUCAAAAAUCCCAAAUCAACCUCUGAAAAAGGCACCUUUCCCUCCCCUGAACCUCCACACCUCCCCGCCAAUGUCCUCUCAAACCGCCACCAAAAUCCUAACCGUAAACUCCAGCGAACUCUACCUCGCUGCCCUAAACUCCCCCCAUUCCACCCUCUCUUUCCCCCCAAUUCCCUCCUCUUUCCCUCCCUCCAAACUCAUUCCCAACUCCCGCUUCCUCAUCGACUCCUUCCGCCACCCCUCCACCACCUUCUCCGCCGCCUACUUCCUCUCCCACUUCCACUCCGACCACUACUCCGGCCUCUCCCCUUCCUGGUCCGGAGGUAUCAUCUUUUGUUCCCACCUCACUUCCCUGCUCCUCAUCCAAACCCUUAAAAUCCUACCUGAUUUCAUCUUCCCCUUACCUUUAAACGACCCCGUUGAAAUAGAUGGCUGCGAGGUCAUUCUCAUUGACGCCAAUCAUUGCCCUGGGGCAGUCCAGUUCUUAUUCAAAGUUCCCACUAAAAAUGGGAGCUUUGAAAGGUACGUUCACACGGGCGAUUUUCGUUAUUGUAAUUCAAUGAAGUUGAAUACUUAUUUGAAUGGAUUUGUUGGUUGUGAUGCUAUUUUUCUUGAUACUACUUAUUGUGAUCCAAAAUUCAUAUUUCCUUCUCAAGAAGAAUCGAUUGAUUAUGUGGUGGGUGUGGUAGAUGGUAUAGGAAAGGAAUUUGAGAAAAAGAGGGUUUUGUUUCUUGUUGCUACUUAUGUUGUUGGGAAAGAGAAGAUUUUGGUUGAGGUUGCACGGAGAUGUCAGAGGAAGAUAUGCGUGGAUGGGAGGAAAAUGGGGAUUUUGGGUGUUUUAGGGUACGGGGAUGAUGGGGUUUUUACGGAAGAUGAGAGUGAGAGUGAUGUUCAUGUGGUUGGUUGGAAUGUGUUGGGUGAGACUUGGCCGUAUUUUCGGCCAAAUUUUGUGAGAAUGAAGGAGAUUAUGGUGGAAAAGGGGUAUGAAAAAGUUGUUGGUUUUGUGCCGACUGGGUGGACUUAUGAAGUCAAAAGGAAUAAAUUUGCAGUGAGGUCUAAGGAUUCACUUGAGAUACAUCUAGUCCCGUAUAGUGAGCAUUCUAAUUAUAAUGAGCUUAGAGAAUAUGUGAAGUUUUUGAAACCGAAGAAGGUUAUUCCUACAGUCGGUAUGGACAUAGAGAAGCUUGACAGUAAGCAUGCGGAUAAAAUGAGAAAGCACUUUGCUGGGUUGGUUGAUGAAAUGGCCAAUAAGAAGGACUUCCUGAUGGGUUUUCAUCGUGGCAAUGCUGAAAAUAUGGAAAAAGUAGAAGUGGAUGCUAUUGCUGGCUUGAAUGAGGAGCAGGGCCUGGAGAUAAAACAAAAUAUACUGGAAAUGGAAACAGUUGAGAGUAAUGAUGUAGAUAUUACUUUGAAUGAUUCAUCUUCAUUGCACAAACGUGAUUCACAAGAUCUUACCAUACCGAGUGAGGAGGAAAGAGAGAGAAUCAUUGAGGAAUUUCAGGACUGUUUGCCCAAAUGGGUCACCAGGGACCAGAUAUUAGAUUUGAUUGGCAGCUCAAGAUGGAACAUUGUUGAAGCAGUUUCUACAUUUUGUGAACGUGAAAUUGAGUUAUACGAGCAAGUUUCUGCUUGUAGAACUUCUGAUUCUGCAUCCCAAACCACUUCAUCUAACAAUUCCAUGUCACUUUCAAGUUCAGGACCUUUUAGAAGUAGCACUCAUGAAAGUGUUAGCUUUCAUUUAAGUCAAGCCAGCAAGUCUCCUAGCUUGAAACUUUCAGUUAGGAGCAACAUAUCUCCUGGAAAAAGGAAGAAAAACACGGAGAACAAGUCGAAUAAGAAACUAAAAAGUAAUUCAAAAUCGGAAUCUAGUGGGUCAAAGCAACCUACAAUAACAAGCUUCUUCAGUAAACUUUUGGCUGAUGAUGCUAAAGGUGAUAGGAGUCGUGUAAAAAUUGAGGAAGGCCCCAAAGGUGAAAACUCCUUUCCUAAUAAUUUGACUAAAUCAUAUGUAGAGAAAAUAGAUCAGUUUAUUCAUAUAGUAAAUGCCAAUGAGUCAUCAAGAAAUUACGUGGCCACCUUACUUGAGAAAACCCAAGGAGAUAUCAACAAGGCGCUGGAUAUAUAUUAUAGUAAGCCUCAGAUGAAUCAUGGUGAGAAUACAGAAAAUUUGGUAGCCUCCAGCAAAUCAGUUCGGGUCCCGAGCUGUACUAUUGAUUCUUCUGUUUCCAAGAAGAAAAAUGUGCCAGAGGAGUCAAGAUGUUUGGCAGAUUCAUCUUUGCAAAGACAACCAAUGGAAUAUGUGGAGACAACUCUUGUAUCACUGCCUCCUGAUAAAUAUAAACCUAUAGACCAUGCAUGCUGGAAGUCUGGUCAGCCUGCUCCAUACAUCCAUCUUGCACGGACUUUUGACCUGGUUGGGGGUCAAAAGGGCAAGAUCAAAGCUACAUCUAUGCUUUGCAAUAUGUUUAGAAGUUUGCUGGCCUUGUCCCCAGAGGACGUGCUUCCUGCUGUGUAUCUGUGCACCAAUAAAAUUGCUGCUGACCAUGAAAAUAUUGAAUUAAAUAUUGGCGGAAGCUUGGUUACAUCCGCACUGGAAGAAGCUUGUGGGACUAACCGCUCAAAAAUAAGGGAUAUGUACAAUGACAUUGGUGAUCUUGGUGAUGUUGCACAAGCGUGCCGGCAAACUCAAACUUUACUUGCUCCUCCACCACCAUUAUUAAUUAGGGAUGUAUAUGCUGUGCUCCGGAAGAUAAGUGUACAAACAGGCAGUGGCAGCACCAUCCGGAAGAAAAACCUCAUUGUGAAUCUUAUGUGUUCAUGUAGAGAGAAGGAGAUGAAGUUUCUAGUUAGAACUUUGAUCAGGAAUUUGCGAAUUGGAGCAAUGAUGAAAACUAUUCUUCCUGCAUUAGCUCAAGCAGUUUGCAUGAAUUCCUCUCUUAAUCUUUAUCAUGAAGGGUCAGCAGAUAGUCUAAAAGAGAAGCUUCAGGACAUUUCUGCAGCAGUAAUUGAGGUAUAUAACGUACUUCCAAAUUUGGACUUGAUUGUUCCUUCACUAAUGAAUGAAGGUAUUGCAUUUUCAUCAUCAACCUUGUCAAUGGUUCCAGGAAUACCUAUUAAACCAAUGCUUGCAAAAAUUACUAACGGGGUUCCAGAAGUGCUGAAGCUCUUUCAAAACAAAGCUUUUACAUGUGAAUAUAAAUAUGAUGGUCAGCGUGCCCAAAUUCACAAAUUGGCAGAUGGAUCAGUGCGUGUCUUUUCACGAAAUGGGGAUGAAACAACAUUAAGAUUUCCAGAUUUAAUUAAUACAAUUAAGGAGUCUUCUAAGCCUGCUGCCCAGACUUUCAUAGUGGAUGCUGAGGUUGUUGCAAUUGAUAGGAAGAAUGGUUGCAAGCUCAUGUCCUUCCAAGAAUUAUCUUCAAGAGAAAGAGGGAGCAAAGAUUCUUUGAUCACAGUGGACAAUAUAAAGGUUGACAUUUGCGUAUUUGUGUUUGACAUCAUGUUUGCUAAUGGAGAGCAGUUGUUAGGUUCUCCUCUACGCCAAAGAAGGAAAUGUUUGAAGGAUUUGUUUUACGAUGAGAAGUUGGGUCACUUUGAAUAUGCAAAAGAUAUUACAGUGGAAGCCAAUGAUGCUUGUUUGACCAGUGAGGCCACAUUGACUAGGAUAAACUCUUUCCUUGAUGAUGCACUGCACUUCUCAUGUGAAGGAAUCAUGGUUAAAUCCUUAGAUACUGAUGCUGGAUAUUUUCCAUCAAAGCGUGGUGACACAUGGUUAAAGGUGAAGCGAGAUUAUGUGGAAGGAUUAAAUGACUCCCUUGAUUUAGUCCCUAUUGGUGCUUGGCAUGGUAAUGGGAGAAAAGCAGGAUGGUACAGUCCAUUCCUCAUGGCAUGUUACAACCCAGACACACAAGAUUUUCAAAGUGUGUGCCGUGUUAUGUCUGGGUUCUCCGAUUCAUUUUACAAAGAGAUGAAAGAAUUCUUUUCUGGAGAUAGGAUCUUAGCCAAAAAGCCAACUUACUAUCAAACAGCUGAGGUGCCUGAUAUGUGGUUCUCCCCAGCACUUGUUUGGGAAAUAAGAGGUGCAGACUUCACUGUCUCACCAGUUCACCAGGCUGCUAUAGGUUUAGUCCAUCCAUCCCGUGGCAUCUCAAUAAGAUUUCCAAGGUACAUUUGCUCUGUGUCUGAUCGAAAUCCUGAGGAAUGUAGCACAGCUGCAGAUAUAACCGAAAUGUUUCACUCCCAGACUCGAAAGAUGGAUGUGAUAGUUGAACACUGAAUACUAAUUUCUUGUUUCAGUACAUAACUUGUUUUUCUAGUUCUAGUAUUGGCUGGUAUAUUGUGCAGUGAAGGUGGGAUUGUUGAGUGUAGAGGAAAUGAGGUUUACGCCAAUGAACCCUUUUGGAUGUGAUGCUUCCCUUGUGGCCUUUGUAAAGAUGAAAGAUGUUAAGGCUUUUCAUUGUUUUAGUUUUUGCCCAUCUUUUUAAUGAAUGGAAAUAUUAUCAGCUUGAAAACAAUGAAGUCGAUA